CACAAAAGAGGCCGGAAAGUGUCCGCAGGAAGCCCGCGCGUCACGGGGGACGGAGCCGGGACCCUGCCGCGCCCGCCCAGCCGCGUCCCGGGUAGAGGCCCGCGCACCCCGCCGCGUCCCGCCACCGCCACCACCGCGGCCGCCAAUGCAACUCCUCCCGCUCCUCGUGGGUUUUUCCACUUUGCUGAAUUGUGCCUUCCCUCAAAAUUGCACCAAGAAGCCCUGUCUCCCAAACGCAAAAUGUGAAAUACGGAAUGGAGUUGAAGCCUGUUAUUGCAACAUGGGAUUUUCAGGAAAUGGUGUCACAAUUUGUGAAGAUGACAACGAGUGUGCAAAUUUAACACAGUCCUGUGGUGAAAAUGCUAACUGCACCAACACAGAGGGAAGUUACUACUGUAUGUGUGUACCUGGUUUUAGAUCCAGCAGUAACCAAGACAAGUUUAUCACUAAUGAUGGAACCAUCUGCAUGGAUAUAGAUGAGUGCAGCGAAUCCGCUGCCUGCGGUGAUCACACAGUGUGUGAAAACGUGGUUGGUGGGUAUAACUGCUCCUGCAAGGAAGGUUAUCAGACAUCCACAGGAAAAUCACAGUUCACACCUAAUGAUGGCACUUACUGCCAAGAAGUGAAUACAGACUGCCAUUUAGAUGAUGCCUGUAUUGCUGCAAAUAUUGAUAAAACUUUAAGAAAAAUUAGACGCAUAAAAGAACCUGUGGCUUUGCUACAAGAAGUCUAUAGGAAUUCUGUGAAAGAUCUUUCACCAAUGGAUAUAAUUACAUGUAUAGAAGUAUUAGCUGAAUCAUCCCCAUUACUGGAUUACAUGAAUACUACUAACUCAGCCAAGGAUGCCCUUUCUAAUUCAACUCUUACUGAGUUUAUAAAAACUGUGAAUAAUUUUGUUCAAAAAGAUACGCUUAUAGUUUGGGACAAGUUACCUGUGAAUCGUAGAAGAACGCAUCUUACAAAACUGAUGCAUGCUGCCAAACAAGCUAUCUUAAGGAUAUCUCAGAACUUCCAAAAGACCACUCAAUUUGAUACUAAUUCAAGUGAUGUAGCUCUCAGAACUUUCUUUUUUGAUUCAUAUCACAUGAAACAUAUUCAUCCCCAUAUGAAUGUGGACGGAGAUUAUAUAAAGAUAUUUCCAAAGAGAAAAUCUGCAUAUGAUUCAGAUGGCAAUGCUACAGUUGCAUUUUUAUAUUAUAAAAGUAUUGGUCCCUUGUUUUCAUCGUCUGACAACUUCUUAUUGGAACCUCAAAGUCAUGAUAAUUCUGAAGAGGAGGGAAGAGUCAUCUCUUCAGUAAUCUCAGUCUCAAUUAGCUCAAACCCACCCACAUUGUAUGAACUCGAAAAAAUAACAUUUACAUUAAGUCACAUAAAGAUCACAGAUAAGUCUAGGAGUCAAUGUGUAUUUUGGAACUACUCUCCUGACACCAUGAAUGGCAGCUGGUCCUCGGAGGGCUGUGAGCUGAUGUACUCUAAUGAGACCCACACCUCUUGCCGCUGUAAUCACCUGACACAUUUUGCAAUUCUGAUGUCUUCUGGUCCUUCCAUUGGUAUUAAAGAUUACAAUAUUCUUACAAGGAUCACUCAACUAGGAAUAAUUAUUUCACUCAUUUGCCUUGCCAUAUGCAUUUUUACCUUCUGGUUCUUCAGUGAAAUUCAAAGCACCAGGACAACAAUUCACAAAAAUCUCUGCUGUAACUUAUUCCUUGCUGAACUUGUUUUUCUUGUUGGGAUCAAUACAAAUACUAAUAAGCUCUUCUGUUCAAUCAUUGCUGGGCUGCUGCAUUACUUCUUCUUAGCUGCCUUUGCGUGGAUGUGCAUUGAGGGCAUCCACCUCUAUCUCAUUGUUGUAGGAGUCAUCUACAACAAGGGAUUUUUGCACAAGAAUUUUUAUAUCUUUGGCUAUCUCAGCCCAGCUGUGGUAGUUGGAUUUUCAGCAUCAUUAGGAUAUAGAUAUUAUGGCACCACCAAAGUAUGUUGGCUUAGCACAGAAAACAACUUUAUCUGGAGUUUUAUAGGACCAGCAUGUCUAAUCAUUCUUGUUAAUCUCUUGGCUUUCGGAUUUAUUAUAUACAAAGUUUUUCGCCACACUGCAGGGUUGAAACCAGAAGUUAGUUGCUAUGAGAACAUAAGGUCUUGUGCCAGAGGAGCCCUUGCUCUCCUGUUCCUUCUUGGCACCACCUGGGUCUUUGGGGUUCUCCACGUUGUCCACGCAUCAGUGGUAACAGCUUACCUCUUCACCGUCAGCAAUGCCUUCCAGGGGAUGUUCAUUUUCUUAUUCCUGUGUGUUUUAUCUAGAAAGAUCCAAGAAGAAUAUUAUAGAUUGUUCAAAAAUGUCCCUUGUUGUUUUGGAUGUUUAAGGUAAACAGAGAGAACUAUGGAUAAAUAUUGCUACCCAAAAAUAAAAAAGCCAAGCUGUGGAUGGCCAAUGUAUAAAAAUGACGCAAAUCAUCCAAUGAUUAAUUACUAGAUAAUCAAAUAUUUUAAAUCAGUUUCUCUGUUUACAGUGUAGAAACUGUAGAUAAUAAGAGGUAAAAUUAUAUACCAUAUAGCUGUAGUAUGCUUUCCUACGUGACUUAGUUAUGUCAAAAAUAGUAUUGCAGUUUUUUGGAAAGUAAUUGGUUUCUUGGGAGUGAUAUCACUGCACCCAAGGAAAGAUUUUCUUUCUAACACAAGAAAUAUAUGAAUGUCCCGAAGGAAACCACUGGCUUGAUAUUUUUGUGACUCAUGUUGCCUUUGAAACUAGUCCCCCAUCACCGUGAUAAUGAGCUCCCUUACAGAAGAUGGAACAAAAGAGAAUGAAGGGGCACAAUAUAAAACAGAAAAAAGGGAAUGGCUGUUAGAACAAUGAGAUGUAUUUUGAGUAAACUUGUUUUUUUGUAAACUAGAUGAGAAAAUUACAGAGAUAAAAUAAGGAAUUGAAUAAACACAUCUUACCUUUUCGAGAAUUGUUCUGAACUUAAAUUUCCACUAAAACAACUUAGACCUCUACUUCUUAUAUACAUUUUCUUUUCUAAUAUUCUAAAAAACCACAAAACUUCACAAGAGAAAAAAACAAACAUUUCUCUUCUAUUUUUAGGUCAACAUUAGAGUGAGGUAUAUCCUGUUGCUAUACUUAUUUCACAGAUUGUGACUUCAAAUGCUUAAUCACUAAUACAUAAAUGUGUCAAAAAAUAAUAUUGUUCAUGCCUGUAAAUGUAAAAAUAGUGUAUAUAAAGCUGAGGUAUUCUAUUCUAUAACCUUUCAAUGUAGUCAAAAAUACUGUAUCUCAUUAGACUAGUA